GAUUUCUUGAAGGAAAAAAAAAACGAGGAGGAGGGAGAGAGAGAGGGAGGAACGAAACCCUCGUGGCCUCGACUGGAGGUCGAGCUGCGGUAGCCGGUAGGGCUUACUGGUUUAGUGGGGAUGGGAGGAGCCUCGCCGGCGAUAAAGCCUAUCGGCAAAUCAGCGGUGCACCGGAUUUGCUCCGGCCAAGUCAUCUUCGACCUCUCGUCCGCAGUGAAGGAGCUCGUGGAGAACAGCCUCGACGCCGGCGCCACCACCGUCGAGGUCGGCCUCAAGGCCUACGGUGAGGAGUGGUUCAAGGUCGCCGAUAACGGCAGCGGCAUCUCGCCCAGCAAUUUCCAGGCGCUUGCUCUAAAGCAUCACACGUCCAAGAUAUCGGAUUUCUCCGAUCUCAACUCCGUGGUCACCUUCGGGUUCCGGGGGGAGGCGUUGAGCUCCCUCUGUGCAUUGGGGAAACUGACGGUCGAGACAAGGACUAAAGAUGAGUUGGUCGGCACACAUUUGGAGUUUGAGCAUUCGGGUGUGGUCAGCAGUGAGAGGAAGAUUGCACGGCAAGUCGGGACCACCGUAACCAUCGAGAAACUCUUCUCCACCUUGCCGGUUCGGGGCAAGGAGUUUAGCAGGAAUAUCAAGAAGGAGUACGGGAAAGUGAUCUCCUUGCUACAUGCUUAUGCCUUAAUUGCCAAAGGGGUCAGAUUACUUUGCACAAAUACUGUUGGCAAGAAUUCUAAAAUGGUGGUGGUUAAAACUCAAGGAAGCAGUUCGCUGAAGGACAAUAUCGUUACGGUCUUUGGCUUGAACACUUUAAAAUGCCUGGAGCCCUUCAACCUGGCCCUCUCUGAAGGCUGCCAGGUAGAAGGUUUUCUUUCCAAGCCUGGACCAGGCACCGGCCGCAAUUCAGGAGAUAGACAAUUCUUCUAUGUAAAUGGCAGACCCGUCGACAUGCCAAAGGUAACCAAACUUGUUAAUGAACUGUACAGGAGUUCCAAUUCCAGGCAAUACCCUCUGGCUGUCCUAAAUUUUUGCAUCCCAACCACAUCUUAUGAUGUCAAUGUCGCACCUGAUAAGAGGAAAAUUUUCUUCUCAUCCGAGGAUACUAUUUUGUUAUCUUUACGGGAGGCUAUUGAAAGCCUGUACAACCCUCAACAGUGCAGUUUUUCCAUCAAUCACAUUGAAGAUCCUGAAAAGGUCAAUCACACUGAAGAUCCUGUAAAGGAAGAUGACCCUACGAUUGAUGAACCUAUUAAAAGCACAUAUUUAAUGGACAAGGAGAAUGUUUCAUCGCCUGAAAAUGAUAACUGCAAGGAAGACACUGAUAGUGAUGAUCAGGACCCACCGAAGGAUCAGAAAGUGUUUUCUUCUGCGACAAGGGUAGCCACUGGAGCUGCAUGUAGAGACAUGAGCCCCUGGACAAGAAGCCCAGACACUGAGGUUGAUAGACCCCCUUGGUUUUCAGCCUUGCGAUAUGAGCAGCCAAAAAGACCCCGUGCUGAUUGUAAAAGUAAUCCAGUAAGAGAAAAUCAUGUUAGGACAGGACUUGCUGCUCAAUCCUCCCCUUCAACUAUUGUUCAGUCUUCUCUUAUGAACUUCCUAUCACUAAACAAGAGGAAGCAUGAAGACAGUUGCAAUCUUAUUACUGAAGCUCAAGUGCUGAGAAGGGGUACAUGCUCAGGGCAAGUGAGAAGAACAAGUUUAGAAGCAAAUGCACCGGGUAUUUCAGAUGCCAUCUCACUUCAGGAAAUUAGUCUGUGGGAUCAUUCUCCACAACCUUUUGUACCUAAGAGGACAGAAGUUCCAUUACAGAAUUCUGAACCACCUAAUCUUGUGUCUCGUAGUACUGAACCGCAUCUCCUUAAGCCCUGUGACCUCAACAGUACAGAGUUUGAUGUGGAUGAACGGAAUGAUCGAUGCCUUCCAAAUUUUGAUGCUUCCGACCAAUGUUUGAAGGAUACUGAAGCCCAAAAUACACCGUCCAAUAUUCCUUUACUUGAUGGUCAUGAUAAUGACACUUCAGUGUGCUCUACAUCAGUAUCUUAUUCAGUGCAGUUUACAAUUGAUGAGCUUAGGAGAAGAAGAAAACACAGUUUUAUUGUAUCACAUGUAAACAGAGCCCAUUGUUCUGAGAAAACUGCAAGGUGUUAUAAAGCCGCAACCCUGGAUAAUUAUGUACCAAAUGACGAAGAGGGAAAAUCUAAUUAUUUAGCUGCAGCCACCAAUGAGUUGGACAGGUUUUUCAGCAAAGAUAAUUUUGGAGAAAUGAAGGUUGUUGGGCAGUUUAAUCUCGGUUUUAUCAUCGGAAAGCUAGAACAAGACCUAUUUAUUGUAGAUCAGCAUGCUGCUGAUGAGAAGUACAACUUUGAGAGCCUGUCACAGUCAACAACGUUAAACAUACAGCCUCUUCUUCAGCCACUGAGACUUGAACUUUCACCGGAGGAAGAAGUUAUCGUAUCUAUGCACAUGAACACUAUCAGAAAAAAUGGUUUUGUUUUAGCAGAAGAUUUGCAUGCUUCUCCUGGAAGUCAUUAUCUUUUGAAAGCUGUGCCGUUUAGUAAGAAUAUUACGUUUGGUGUUCAAGAUGUGAAGGAGCUGAUUUGCAUGCUUUCUGACAGUCAAGGUGACUGUUCAAUAAUUAGUAGCUAUAAGAUGGAUAAAACUGAUUCUGUUUGCCCUUCGAGGGUCCGUGCUAUGUUUGCUUCGAGGGCUUGCCGAAUGUCUACUAUGAUUGGUGAUCCGCUGACGAAAACCGAAAUGAAGAAGAUACUGAAAAAUCUAACAGGGCUAAGGUCCCCUUGGAAUUGCCCGCACGGGAGGCCAACAAUGCGGCAUCUUGCAGAUCUGACUAGUAUGAAGUCCAAAGGACAUCUCAUGCUUUCACAGAAGCAAAUUGAAGCAGUGCUGAGAAGUUCCAUGGCACAAAAGGAAGCAACAUCCAUUGACGCUCAUGAGGAUUUUAUCGACAACUCCUUGGGUUUGCGGGAAUAAGGGGUGACGUUUUGACAACUGUUCAAGUGACCGGCGGUUGCGUGGCUUGUUUUCACUGCUACUGAAUGGUAGAAGGUUUCCUGCUCCCUGGCGAGUAGUUUGUAUUUUUUGAGCCUGCUAAGUUUGCAGCGUACGUUGCCGAACACAGGCUCACGCUCUGUGUAUGUGUGUAUCUCAGGCUGUAGUCCCUUGGUUUUAAAUCGACUGUUACCAGGGGGAUGUGGUAAAUGGACGACAUGUUGAUACCCCCUCGGGUCGCGGUCGGGUUGGGGUUUACAAGCCUCGCAUGUAUUUCAUUGAAAAGUUUGGCCGUUAAUUUUUCAACAAAAUAUUAGUUACUA